UGCCUUCUGCAACUGAACCUUUGAUACUAAACUGCAUGCUUCCGUUUAAAAUUCUCUUCUGGGUAGCUAUGCAUUGUUUACCUAAAUUUUUUGUAUUAUUAUGGAACAGUCUGCUUUUCUCAGUACAUGGGAUAUCUUCUUUUCAGUUUUGAAGAUAACUGAGAGAACUUAAAAUAUGAAGAAUCUGUAGGAAUUCUGUGACCAAUUAAUAUUUUAAAUGUGUAAAUGUAAAUCCACUUUAACAGCCAAAAUAGAAAAGGAUUUGUCUUUCCUACUUGAGCGGGGGAGAUGAAUGUCUAACUCCUAAUUAUUGUAGGUACUAGAGUUGUGUAUUUAUUAAUACUUAUUAACCUGUGGGUUGAGAUAGAGUUUAGGAGUUUACAAGGAUACACCUGUUGCUUGGUAUAAAAUUGCUCUUGUAACUUCAUUGCAAACUAGAUUUCAGCUGGUUUUUGUAUGUUUGCUGGAUGGUUAUGACCUUGAAUUUUGAGGGAUUGGUGUCUUUCAGUAAACAUUAAUUAGUUUUGACUUGCGUACUUCAGUGUGUCAAAGCAAUUGAUCAUUGGGGCAUUCACUCAUAAUGAAGGGGGAUUAUAUGUGCACAUGAUGGAUAUAAUCUAUAUAAUGUAAAAAAAUGAUGUAUUUAUAGUUCUGAUGUAGGUAAAAGUGCAGCUAGUGUGUAUAAAUAAGGGAAGCUAGUGUGAUAAGUAAAGGUCAAAGUGGUUUCACUUCUGUCUCAGUUGUCAGCUGUUCUGCAACCUGCUUCUUCCCUUGCCAGAUAGGGGAGUGGAAGUCCCUAUUUAUUAGAUAAUUUGCUGCAUUAGGAGGAGGUGGCAGUAGCUGUUAGAGGAUGUUAUGGAAACUCCUGUGUCCUCAUACAGUUUUCUGACACCUUUCUCUCCCAGUCAAGAAAGGACUGCUACCUGGGGUCUUUUGCCUGCAUUUCACUGGGGUAUGUAGUUGCCCUCUGAAAGUAUAGGAGUUAGCUGAGGCGAGGAGCGUAUGUGCCGUAAAUGAGUGUAACGGCUGGAAGGAAUUGUAUCUGUAGUACAAGCUUAAAUUGUACAAUAGGCCGUGAACAUGCUGAAUUGUUUGUCUUGUAUUCAAAACAUGUGGUUACCCAGGAAUUCUUGGCAUUUGGGAGAAGGUGCAGUGUUUUGGUUUUUUGGUAUGUAAGUGAAAUUUUACCUGCAAAUAGUUCAAAACACUGAAAUGUUGCUUAGGUUAAUUAUGAGGAGUGCUCCCCCACAGUUCUUGAAUCUUACAAAUUAAUGAUAAUAAGCAUCUAGAUGCCCUGCUGGCGGAGAAGGAAGGUGAGGCUAGCCUGUGCAAGGUUUCCCAGCACUCUGUGAAAGAGUUGGUUGGUUUUGUUUCCCUUCCAGUAUCUUUUCCAGUUUGCUGUGUCCUCUUGUAAAUGGAAUAGGACUGUGCGCAGUAUUUGAAAUAUGGGUGCAAUAUGUAUUGAAUUGUUGAGGUAAAGGUGUUUGUAGUUUGUGUUCUGUUUUGUUCUUUCUAGUUUCAAAAGGUCUGUUGGCUCCCUCCUCCACAAAGUUUCUUGGAAACUUCACUAACUUAUGAAAGUCUAAAUGUUAGUCUAAGUAGUGGAGUAUUUCUCAAAAAAUGAUUUCCACUAGGGUUCACAUCUGAGGCCUAAGCAGUCUGUUCUGAUACUGAAGAGACCACUACAUUUUACUUGGUGUUCACAUGAGAUUUUUACCCUAUAUAAAGUGAACCUUGCAUUUUGUUUAAGAAAUGGAAACUGUGCCAUGAAAACUCUCCUGUAUUACUGUUUUUUUUAAUUUGUGGUUACUGGCUUUAAUGUAAUGUAUUUAAAGCUAGGGACUUGGAACAAUAGCUUGUAUCUUUCAAGCUAAUAACAGAACAAACCUCACUGCUUUAGUUGAAAAUAGAGGUUAUUGGGUAAGUAUGGUCUUUAUUGUACUCAAAGUAUUUAGAAAUAAAACUGAAGAAUAGUUAAGAGCAGAGUUUUGAACGCUAUUUAAAACCCAUACUAUUCUAAUGGGAUAGAAGACAAAGAAUUCUGUAAUGUUUUUUCUCCCUGAACUUUCAGUGUAGAAGCAGCAGUGUAAGUGCAUUGCCAUAUAGGAGGGAUUACUUCUUGCAUUCUUAAAGUGGAGAAUUCAGUUAUGGCAUAACUGUGUAUUGCUAUAAAUUAACAUUAUUUUACAGCAAAGGACUGUUUUGGUCCAGAUAAACAAGCUACAAGUUCAGUUGCUGUACUGUUUUUCUUCAAAUUGCCCUUGAUUCCAGACUAAAUGCAUAAAUGCUCAAUUUUCCCACUUAAUAGGUUCUGGGAUAUUUAACGCCUUGAGGAAUUGUGCCCCAGCCUGCAAAGGACAGGCAGUUGUAGACACCAGGUUUACAAGGAGUGAUGCUCUGGCAGUGAAAUAGGCUGUUUAAAAAGUAGCCACUGGAAUAUCUUUUCUGUCAGCUUGAGUGACUGGUAAUUCUGUUUAGCACUAAAAUUUUUCCAGAUAUGCACUCAGGCUUAGCUUUGUUUUCCAUUAUCAGUGUCAGAAUAAGCACUUUUAAAUGCUAGCAUGGUGUCUAAUUACUGUCCGUUGUUUGGAGAAAGGAGAGAAAAAAAACCCACCCCCAACCCCCGAACUGGAAACUAACUAAAUGUGGCUAGGGACUAACUGCGGUUAUGGGAAACUGGUGGAGGGCAUGCUUAGUGUUUUGAAGAAAUCACUGAAUGCAUUUAAAGGUGUUAAUGUUGGUAGAUUCUCUUUUAAUGAUAAAAGCAUAAGAAUUUAUCUUCAUUACUUUGUCUUCUCCAAACCUACCUACCUACUUAGUUUUCAGAAGGCAAUGGAUUAUUUGCUUUGGAAAUGCUUUUAUCAUUAAGAAAUAUGACCUUGAAAGCCUGUGGUGGCACCGUAGACUCCUUUGGUGGCUGCUCUCCUUGCAUCCAACAACUAAGCUGUCUUUUGCUAGUUGCUAUACAGGAAUUGUAAAAACCUGUUUUGCUGAAGCAGUCUACAUAAUUUAGGAUGUAUUUCAAUCAUGGAAAAGUUGUUGGUGUACAAGUAACUUGGUUUUUUUUUCAUCUGUGCAUUUGACCCCUAUAGUGAGAAAACAUGAUGGUACAUAACUUCCAAUUUUCUUUUAGUUUAUAAUGCAGUUCUUGUUAUAACUCUCUAUGUAGCGUUUCUCACUUUCAUAUAUUACAGAAUCUUCAGCUUGACACUGUUAAACUUUUUAAAAAAUUUCUCUUGCUUGAAAAAUGAAACUGGGUAUUGCUGUACAAUCUGUGAAGUUCCUACUGGAAGCUCUGUGUAUGUGCUUUGACCAUCCAGUUGUCAGGUAACAGCCUUCAGCUGGUUCGCUGAGGCCCUUCCAGUUUGCUUUCUGCACUGGUCUGGAUCCCUGUAUCUGCUUGUAGCUACCAAUACUCAACUGUUAGGAAGAAGUGUGAGGUACCAGGUUGAAAGUACCUCCUUGCAAAGUAUGUUUCUCAUGUUUUGCUGAAGCGUGAUGCUUAGAAGUUAAACUUAAAUGAGCCGCUUAUGUGUAAUAGUUUUCAUAUUUAUUAAAGGGACUUCUCGAUGCUUGAAUGUAACAACUGUUUUUUAAAAGGUUCAGUAUAGGAGGCGUUGUCUGAAAUGAAGCUUGUUUGACUGGAAUUCACGUUUUUGUCCUGUAGCUUGAAAACUUGAAUGUCUCUUAUCUGCUAAAGGUGUUUGACAGCUACAUGUCCAGUCAAAGCUACAGAGAAACUUACUGAUACACUUGUUACCAAUUUUUUUUUUUGAUGGAGAUGGCAGUUAAGCAUUUGGUCUUUAGAAAGAACCACAUAGUAGUUACUGUUAAACAAAAUACACAGUGUAGUUUUCUUCAGCUGUAGUAGGCGAAUAGACUUCAGAUGUUUUUCUGGUCUGAAAGGAUAGCUUCACAGCUUUAUUUCUUCCCUUUAGCAAACAAUUUAAGUGAGGAUUUCAUUACCUGUAUCUCAGAGCAGUUGAUAGGCCUCUUUGUUUUGAUGGACUGCUUGCUUUCUGUUCACAUUUGCGUUAAAAGUUUACUGUAUGGAAUGUUAUUUCAGCUUUCAUUCAGAGAAGAAUCUGUUAACAAUAUUAACCAAGAAGACAAAGCAAUGUGUUUCUGAAAGCUAGGUGUUCCUUAGGAUCUUGAAUUGUCCUAACUUGUACAUGAGCAAGCUGAUGUAAACUUUCAGAAGUACUAAAUUUACAUGAAUUGGUAGUCUUAGUCUUGCUUUCUGGGAACUUUCAGAGAUUAUGGAAAGCUAACUCAAGUUACAAAAGACAGUCAAAUAUCUGCAGCAGCUUUACCAACUUUUAACACAUUUUUUUCUUUCCAUAUCUGAGUGUGUUCAGUAUUAUCUUGGAUCAUUCUGCUUCUUCUGGUAUCUAAUCUUGAGUGUGUCGUGUAUUUGGCAGUCUUUUGCAUUCAAUCCAAAUGUUGUGAUUUUUCUGCCUAUAUUGGCAAUGGAGUUGAACAUUGGGACUAACGCAACCCAGUUGACCUGCGGAAUUUAUCAUAAAUUUGCAGAUAGUGAAAUAUUGGGAGGAGUACUCCUGAUCUGUGGACGUAAAGUGUAAUUCUGACAGUGUUAGUGGGACUGAAAUGUGAAAAAAAAUAUGAAAAUAAUUCAAAACUUCAGAAUGGGUAGGUUUUGGGAGGGAGGAUAGAACAGUAGACUGUGGGAAAAAUAACAAUAGCUUCUUGUUUUUAAACCUUCAAUUCAGGACUAUGGUAGGCUGAUUCUAGAUUAUCACCAGUGAUAAAGCCUAAGAAAAUUCUCUUCUCUUCAGGGUUCCUGGACUUCCUCUUUGGCACGUUUUAUGUUGUUUAUUUUUCCUUACUUCAAAGGACCUGGGCUCCUGUUGAAAAGUGAUGGAAUAAUCUCUGGCCGCCACCUGACAUGUUGAGGGAGCACCCCCUAAAAGAGCUUGCCUGGGCGACAGUUUGUGAAAUAACACAGUAACAUGUUUGCAGUAACCAGCAUGUUUUGGAAAUUUGAUCUCCAUUCGUCAUCCCACAUAGAUACACUUCUAGAGAGAGAAGAUGUAACACUGAAGGAAUUGAUGGAUGAAGAAGAUGUUCUGCAAGAGUGCAAGGCUCAGAAUCGCAAACUUAUAGAGUUUCUGCUGAAGUCAGAAUGUUUGGAAGACUUAGUUUCAUUUAUAAUUGAAGAGCCACCUCAAGACAUGGAUGAAAAAAUUCGAUAUAAGUAUCCAAACAUAUCCUGUGAGCUGCUUACAUCGGAUGUCUCACAGAUCAACGAUAGGCUGGGAGAAGAAGAAUCCUUACUUAUGAAACUGUACAGCUUCCUCUUAAAUGAAUCUCCUCUAAACCCUUUACUGGCCAGUUUCUUCAGCAAGGUGCUAAGUAUUCUUAUAAGCAGAAAACCAGAACAGAUUGUGGAUUUUUUAAAGAGGAAGCAUGAUUUUGUAGACCUCAUUAUUAAGCACAUAGGGACCUCUGCAAUCAUGGACUUGUUGCUCAGACUACUGACUUGCAUAGAACCUCCACAGCCCCGGCAAGAAGUGUUAAAUUGGCUAAAUGAGGAGAGAAUUAUCCAGCGGCUUGUGGAAAUAGUACAUCCAUCUCAAGAUGAAGAUAGGCAUUCAAAUGCAUCACAGUCACUCUGUGAAAUUAUUCGUCUAAGCAGAGAUCAGAUGUUACAAGUACAGAACAGUUCAGAACCAGAUCCACUGCUUGCCAGUCUAGAGAAACAAGAAAUCAUAGAGCAGCUGCUGUCUAAUAUUUUUCAUAAAGAAAAAAAUGAAUCUGCAAUAGUCAGUGCAAUCCAAAUACUCUUGACCUUACUUGAGACACGACGACAGACAUUUGAAGGCCAUAUAGAGAUCUGUCCUCCAGGCAUGAGCAAUUCAACAUAUUCAGUCAACAAAAGUGUUUUAGAAGCCAUAAAAGCACGACUUUCAUCCUUCCAUGAACUCUUACUUGAGCCUCCAAAAAAAGGUGUCAUGAAGACAACUUGGGGUGUAUUGGAUCCACCUGUGGGAAACACGCGUUUAAACGUGAUUAGAUUAAUAUCUAGCCUUUUACAGACGAAUACAAGCAGUGUGAAUCAGGAGCUUAUAGAGCUUAACAGCAUAGGAGUAAUACUGGACAUGUUCUUUAAGUAUACGUGGAACAACUUCUUGCAUACUCAAGUAGAAAUCUGUAUUGCAUUGAUUCUUGCAAGUCCUCUUGAAAGCACAGAAAAUGGCACAAUUACAGAUCAGGAUUCCACUGGGGACAAUCUCUUACUGAAGCAUCUCUUCCUUAAGUGCCAAUUAAUAGAACGAAUACUUGAAGCAUGGGAGAUGAAUGAGAAGAAACAGGCUGAAGGAGGAAGACGGCAUGGCUAUAUGGGUCAUCUGACAAGGAUAGCAAACUGUAUUGUGCAUAGUACAGAUAAGGGGCCAAACAGUACGCUAGUACAACAGCUCAUUAAAGAGCUUCCUGAGGAGGUCAGAGAGCGAUGGGAGACAUUCUGCACAAGCUCGUUAGGAGAGACUAACAAGAGGAAUACAGUGGACCUGGUUACUACCUGCCACAUUCAUUCUUCCAGUGAUGAUGAAAUUGACUUUAAAGAAACUGGCUUCUCACAGGAUUCUUCUUUGCAGCAGGCCUUUUCUGAUUAUCAGAUGCAACAAAUGACGUCCAAUUUUAUUGACCAGUUUGGCUUCAACGAUGAGAAGUUUGCUGAUCAAGAUGACAUCGGCAAUGUUUCUUUUGAUCGGGUCUCAGACAUCAACUUUACCCUCAAUACGAAUGAAAGUGGCAAUAUAGCCUUGUUUGAGGCAUGCUGUAAGGAGCGGAUACAGCAGUUUGAUGAUGGUGGCUCUGAUGAAGAAGACAUUUGGGAAGAAAAACAUAUUGCCUUUACACCAGAGUCCCAGAGGCGUUCCAGUUCGGGCAGUACAGACAGUGAAGAAAGCACGGAUUCUGAAGAAGAGGAUGGAACAAAACAAGACUUGUUUGAAUCUCACACCAAUACAGAGGACAAAAUGGAAGUAGACUUAAGUGAACCACCGAACUGGUCAGCUAACUUUGAUGUACCCAUGGAGACGGCACAUGGUGCCAAUCUGGAUUCUGUUGGGUCUGAUGUGUGGAGUACGGAAGAACCUAUGCCGGCAAAAGAAACUGGCUGGGCUUCCUUUUCUGAGUUCACGUCCUCUUUGAGCUCAAAGGAUUCCUUAAGAAGUAACUCUCCUGUGGAAAUGGAAACAAACACAGACCCAGUUGAUCCCUUGAGUGCAAAUGUAACUGCUCUUGCAACACAGCUGGAGACCCCAGGUAGCGUUGCUAUGGAGGCCAGCUCUGAUGGGGAGGACGAUGCAGAAAAUGCGGACAAGGUAACGGAAACGGUGAUGAACGGCAGCAUGAAGGAGACGCUGAGCCUUACCGUAGAUGCUAAAACUGAAACGGCUGUGUUCAAAAGUGAGGAAGGAAAACUGUCUACCUCACAGGAUGCUUCUUGUAAAUAUGUAGUAGAAGAGAAUGCAGAGGUUGCAGAAGAGGCUCCUUCAGCUCUGCAGCCUGCUAACAGCAGUCCAGAACAGAGGACUGAUCAACACACCCAUUUAGGAGAGGCGUCUGUUAAUGGCCCUGUAUGAUAUGUGAUGUCUGCUACCUUGGCUGAAGAAAAUGAACUGAUAUCCAGGUGUUUGAGUGUUUCUUGAGGAUUUCAUCUAGACCCUGUUGAAGCCAGUCACUGCUGCACUAAUUUCGCAAGGGAUCAGGACCAGCAACAUUUAUAUUCUAGAUUUUAAGACAUUGUACAGAAAUUCAUAAGUGUAAAAAUAUUGCACAUUGAGAAAUACCAAUAAUUUUUGCGUAUGUUUAUAUUGUAUUGUUCUAAAUAAUGGGUGGCCUGUGAAAUAAGAUCCUGCUACCCAUGUAAUGAUGAUAGUAGUGUUACUAUAGUUAAAAUGGCUGUAAGAAUAGUUUUAUAAAAAAGUGAAUACACAAAUCUAAUGUAUUUGAGACAUAACUAUUUGAUGAUUAGUGUGACCAAAGUAUUUAGCAGUUUUCAUACAUUUUUCACCUUGUAAAAAGAAAAGAAAAAAAUGAAUUCAUGUUUCUUCUGAAACUGAAAUGCCCUAUAAAUGUUAUUUUGGUUGGUUUAGCUUACAAAAGUGAUUUAAAUAAGAAUUUUUUGGUGUUCAACAUUUUACAACAGGUUUUUUAAUUGGUAAUUGUUUUUUCUGUAUUGUUCAAAACGGAUCAAAAAAUGUAAGUCUAUUGGUAGAGAUUUUAAGUAUUUAUUGCUACAACUUAGUUGACAAAUUGAUGUUCCUGUAAAGCCAUAUGUUCUGUUAAGUCUUGUUUGCUUGAAACAAUACCUUCCAGGUGAAACACUAGACUAUUUGAAGUGCACAUGGCUUGUUGUGUUUAAGUGAUUCACCUGCCUUUUAACCCAUUCACCAAGAUUUAGCUUAAUACCGAGCAUUAUACAAUGGAACAUUUCAGAACAAUCUGCGUAUUUAAAACGCUAUAAUCCUUUUAGACAAGUCAAGUAAAUGAAAUGCCCGUGCUGCUAAUGUAAUUACAGUACCUGCAUUUUAAAAGUACAUAGUGUUUUUAAUACAAACUUUGGCAGCAGAGCAUGUUAAUUGUUACUUUCACUGUACUGAUCUGUGUGAGGCUUUCAUUUGUAUGUUCGAAACCAGUUUUUUCACAGCUGGUUUGUGUAUAUAUAUAUAGUGAUUAUGGAAACUAAUUCUGUGUAAUUUAUAAUUUUCUAUGUCAGUGUAAAAUUCCAACAGCCUUCUCAAACAGAAGCAAUAUACUGUAUAUUGCCACAGCGUCUGGUGAAAGGGUUAAAGUACUUCACCUCCUGCACUUUUAGGUGCAUAUCCAUUUUUGUUUCUGUAAUAGUUACACUCAUUUAUUUUUUACAUCCUAUGUUUUCCUGACCAGUAUUUAAAGCCAAAAGGAUACUCUAAACAAUGGCCAAUGAUUUAUUUUAGAAGGCGUCCCAAGCAACGUGCCUAAACAUUACAUUGCAUACAGAAAUAAAAAAACCCGACACGUACAA